AUGACAUCAAGAGAAAUAGUCGAGUGCGCUUAUUGCAACAAGCGCGACCGUCGUGAUAAUUUCAAGAAGAAUAAACACUUCGAGAAGAAUCACCCUGGCCGCUUGGUCGCCUAUAAGACCCUAGAUACGGGCACUAUUCCCUUGAUGGAUUUUCUCUCCAAGAAGCGUAAGAGAGAUGAUGGUGAGUACAGCCUAAUCGCAUAA